AAAAAAUGAGUUCACGUCGAACAAACAGCAGCAGCUGUGAGAGCAUCGCAAGACAAGCUUGAUGGAUGCAGCCAGUGAUAGAGACUCGCACGAGUCAGACUGGGAAGAUCCCGAGGAGGAUGUACGGUAUGAAUACAGAGCACUGCACGAUGACAUGAUUUUUGAUUCGUUGAAUGAUAUGCUCAAACAUGAACAAACGACGCAUGGAUUUGAGCUACGCGCCGUGCAGCGUGCGCAUAAGCUGGACAUGUAUGGUAUGAUCCGGUUGGUCAAUUUUGUGAGGCAGACCAAGACGCUUGCAGAUAAAAUUGCAGCGUGUAUGGCGGAGGUACAACAAGAUGAUAAAUGGUUGCAGCCUGUGCUCGAGGACGAUGCGGUGUUAUUCACACUUGCAGAGGAUGAUUUCGGAGACGAAACUGCUACCGCUGAACCAGAGACGGUGCAAGACUGGAAGGCUCGGUGUGCUCAACUCGAGGCGCAAUACUCGGCUUUGCAAGAUCAGGUGCGCACCGUUUUGACUGCUCAUGCUGGUGACAGUGGCAUCGGUGCUUCUUCCUCAACAAAACAAGCGCCUGUCGACAAUGACAGCUACUACUUUGAAUCAUACGCCUACAAUGAGAUUCACGAAACCAUGUUGCGCGAUGCCGUUCGAACAGAUGCGUAUCGGGAUGCGGUGUACGGCAACAAGGAUCUGUUCAAUGGUGCUACUGUCAUGGAUGUUGGCUGUGGAACAGGUAUCUUGAGUAUGUUUGCUGCAAAGGCUGGGGCGAAGCACGUCUACGCCAUUGAUAAUUCGAGCAUCAUUGAAAAGGCUCAAGCCAAUGCUUUUGAGAAUAAUUUGCAAGAUCAAAUAACCUUCAUCAAGGGCAAGGUAGAGGACAUCAAGCUGCCGGGUGGUAUCAAAGUCGACAUCAUCGUCUCCGAAUGGAUGGGCUACGCUUUGCUCUACGAAGCCAUGCUCGAUUCCGUCAUUUGCGCACGAGACCGUUUCCUAAAACCCGAAGGACUCAUGAUGCCGAGUCACAUUCAACUACGUGUCGCUGGCAUCACUGACGAAGAGUACUGGAGUGACCGUACGAAUUACUUCAACGAUGUCUACGGCUUCAAGAUGAAUGCUAUGAAAGAAAAGCAAUUUGAUGAUAUCCUCAUUGACUACCUCACUACGAGCCAAGUCACCUCCGAGGCUUACACGUUCAAAUCGCUCGAUCUACACACCGUCACUACAGAGUCUCUGAACUUCAGCGGUCGCUUUGAACUGCAAAAGGCUACAGGUCUGGUCGGGCUGCUUGUCUGGUUUGAUACGUACUUUGGCAAAACACGAGACGAAUGCAAGAAGCUCGCUGAAAUGCGACAGGUCGAUGUCAAAGAUGUCAUCAAAGAGCACCAAGGCUUCACGACUGGCCCACAUGGUGCCUCGACUCACUGGAAGCAAGCAGUCUUGCUCUUCAAACACAUUGGCGGUGGCGAGAAGCAAGUCUCUGGUGAACUGACAUUCAGGAAGAACAGUGACAAUCCUCGCUUCCUCGAGAUUGAAGCUGCAUGGCAAAGUGAUACAAGUCCAUCCACUCAGACGCAGGCAUGGAGUCUAGCAUAGGAGAAAUCAUAAAAUGCUCGCUCAUGAAUGCUA